AUGCCAACACCUUGGAUCGACAAGAGUGCUUCGACUUGGAGGUUGUUCAACCUGGUCUACGACAUAUUGCUGAUGGCGCUGGUUGCUUACAUUCUCAACUGCUAUUUCUACACCAUCAUGACCAUGUAUAUUCCCUUUCAGGAUCUCUGCGGGCUGGGAGUCAGCACAUCCAACUACUUGAGUGGCUUCCUGGCCACCAUCCACCAAUGGAGAUUCAGAGACCGCCUCAAGAGGCUCACUGACAAAAUGGACAACAUCGCUAAGGACAUCAUCCGCAGUGGUCUCGGGAAAGAGAAGUCCUUCCUCCGCCUCUACCACAAGAACGCCAAGUUGAUGUCCUUCCUCGUAGAGUACUCCCUCAUUCUGGGCACGAUACCUACGCUCAUCUACUGCCUCUCGGUACCCGUGUUGGACUGGUUCGCUGGCCAGUAUCGGAGUCACUUCCCCGUCCUCAUUGAAAGUCCUUUCGACGAGAGAGCUCCAAUCGUUUACGAAGUCGUCGUUCUUUUGGUAGCCGCUUGCAUGAUCACAUCGAUAUGCAAGAAGGUAGUGACCGAUUGUCUCUUCAUUUCACUGUUCAAGAUGGAAAUCGCAUUCCUCAAGUAUCUCUCACUAGCGAUGACUUCUAUGAAGAAGGACUUUCUCAUUGGGGACAACGCUUUCAUCGACAAAAAACUGAAACUAUGGAUCAAACUUCAUCAGUCUGUUUUGAAGAGCGUAGACGAACUGAUACUCAUCUCAUCCCCAGUUGUCAUCAUUUACUAUGUCACUGUUAUCAGCAUCGUCGUCUGCGGUACUUUUGUUCAGAUCAUGAAAGACAACGAGAAUUUGCUGCAGUCGCUCACUAUCACCGUCUUCAUUUCGAUCACUCUGGUCUAUUAUUUCCUCUGGGCCAACACAGCUGACCAGCUCACAGCGGAGGCACAGAACUUGGCACAGGUGGCUUAUGAUACUCCCUGGUACCGGAUGCAGAAGGGGCACUCAUCCCUGGUCAGGAUGGUCAUCAUGAUGUCCUCCAGGCCGAUAAGGCUCACUGCCUACCGGGCACCCGUCUUCCUCCUCAACAGGGAGAACUACGCUGCAUUUGUUGUAAGUGCUAUAUCUGCCUUCGUCACUUUCUGUCAGAUGAAGGCUCUCUAUGGCUGAACAUGUUUUUGGAACGAUGGAUUAGAAGAAUUAUUAGAACAUAAUAGUAUUAAUUUAUUAAUAACACUAGCAUUUAGCAUGGUUAAACUUGUAAUAUUUUAGCACUACAUUAAAAUUAGUUGUGAAUUUCAAAUAUAAUUGUAACCAUAAUUAACCUUCUUCCCAAACAUUUAGUUGUAAUAUGAGCCUU